AUGGGCUUGGUGGUGAAGUCAUGGGCACCGCAGGUGGCGGUGUUGAAAAGGGAAUCAGUGGGCGAGUUCGUGACGCAUUGUGGGUGGAACUUGGUGCUUGAAGCUGUGAUUGUAGGCGUGACGAUGGUGGCAUGGUCACUAUAUACAGAACAUCAUUUGAAUAUGAGUGUUUUGGUGAAAGACAUGGAAAUGGAGAUUGCUGUGGAGCAGAGAGAGGAAGAUGGGUUUGUGUUUGGGGAUGAAUUGGAGACAAGCAUUAGGGAGUUGAUGGAGUGGGAAAAAAGGAGAGAGCUUAGAGAAAGGAGCAGGAAAAUGGGAGAGAUGGCUUUGGCUGCUUGGAGUGAGUCUGGUUCAUCCACUAGAAACUUGGUUAACUUUGUUAAUAGCAUUACAUAA